GGGGUGAUGUCUCCGUGGCAUGGAGGGGCUGUUAAAGCUGCUCAAUGCUGGUUGCCCCAUCAUCACCACCUGUUGGCUUUUUCCUCUCUUAGCAGCUGCAGUUACAAACCCAGAGAAGCUCAAAGAAACUGCCCUGAGCUCAGCCACCACUGCUGUGAGGUGGGCAAAGCCGCCUGAGAGCCCAAGCAUCCGAGGAUGGGAAGGAGCAAAGGGCUCCUUAAGCCCAGGAGUGCAUGGCAGGAUGUCCCCAGCGGCCGCUGCCCGCUCCUUAUCUCUGUGCUGGCAGAGACCUCCCCCAGCAGCUGACCCCCCCUCGUCCCCUUCCUGCAGAGGGCCCUGAGAUGGCUGCAGUGAUGAGCCCUGUGAAAUCUCUCCGCAGCAGAGCGGACGCUUCUCAGAACCAAUCACAGAACCAAAGGGACCCCUGGAGCUCCCCUGCCCACCCCUCAAAGCACUCCUCAAAGCUGCAUGGAGUGCAGCUCCCUAAGCUCUGGCAGAUGGAAGCCCCAGGGAGCAAAAAGCAGCGCAGCGAAGUGGGACAGCCUGGCAGGAGGGGAAAAUGAACGGCUGGGAAGAGCAGUGAGGAAGGAGAGCCGCUCACAGCGCAGGGCUGGGUGGCGCAGCUCUGAGGCUGCAGCUCCACAGGCAAACUGCAGGCUCAGCUGCAGGAGGAAACCACCCACAAACAGGACUGGGAGAACACAGGUGUGCUGUGCGCGGGGUCCGUGCCCUCUGCACAGAGAUUUGCUGACCCGAGGCGCUGCUGCGCUGCUGUUCCGUUGAUUGCAGCCCCUGAGCACGCGAGCAGCAGAGAUGCAGAUAGCCAGGCAGGAUGCACGGCCCCAGUUAAAGCAAUCAGCCCAUCGCACAUGGCUUCCUGGCUGUAGGGUAGAGAUGCUCCAAACUAUAAAAACAGCCCUUGGUCAGCAGGAGGGUGGUUCAGAGCUCUGAGCACCCAAUGAGGAGAGGAGAUGUGUCGUCCCCGUUGCUCGCUGUGGCUGGCCCUGCCGCUGCUGCUCUCCUGCCCGCGGGCUGACAGCAGUGCUCUGCGGGGUCAGAUCAUUGGGGAACACGAGGCCGAGCCCCACUCCCACCCCUACAUGGGGUACCUGAAGGUGGGGCGUUCUGCCUGCGGGGGGUUCCUGGUGGCCUCCGACUGGGUGAUGACGGCCGCGCACUGCUUGUCGGGGAACAUCACCGUCGUCCUGGGGGCUCACGAGAUCUUCCAGCCAGAGCAGAGCGAGGUCCGAGGGGUCCUCAGAUACCACCCACACCCCGCGUGACCCGACACCCUGACCAACGACAUCAUGCUGCUCAAGCUGACAGCAAAGGCCAAGCUCAACAAAUACGUCCGCACGAUUGCGCUGCCCAAAACCAGCAGCUACCUCCCGACGGGCACCUCGUGCACCAUAGCAGGAUGGGGCCUGAUUGAUGAGGACCAGAUAACAGGCAAGCUCUUUGAAACCAAAGUCUCCAUCUACAGCCGCAGGAAAUGCGUUCUGUUCUACCCACACCUCGACGACGGCAUGCUGUGUGCUGGCAGCUUCCACGAGCUGAAGGACUCCAGCCAGGGUGAUUCCGGAGGGCCGCUGGUGUGCAAUAAAGUCGCACAGGGUGUUGUUUCCUUCGGCUACGACAGCCCGCCCGGUGUCUACGCUCGCAUUGCCAACUACCUACGCUGGAUCAAGAAAAUCAUGACGAAGUAACGGUGCAGUGUCAGCCCUGGAGACCUGCCGGGUUCCUUCCUGCCCCCACCGGCGGCUCCAUUCCCCCCUCUGCCCUGGGAACCCAAGUGUCCCAAUGGAUGCCCAUAGGCUCCCUCCCUUUGCUCCGAGGCUGAUGGCUGUCCCGCUGCCGGCCCAUUUCAGUGCCACGUUGUCACCAGCAGAAUUCUCAUAGGGCACAGGAAUGCAGUGGCUCUACUGCACAGCCCCUUUCCCUUGGACGCCCCUGCUCUGCUCGAUCCUGAAACACCCCCAGUAAAUUCUGAGCUGUGUUCCCCAGCA